AUGUAUUGUACAAGAAAACAUCUCCUUUUUGAUAAAAGCUAUAUUAUCACAUUAAAUCAAGAUAGUAUGAAUAUAGGAGAAGUAAUUUAAUGAUUAUUAACUUAGUCUACUUAACAUACAAAGUAUUCAAUUCCUUUGAAACUAUAAAGUUUAAUUGAUUGGAAAAUCUCCUAGGAAGAUUUCUAAUUAGUUGCUUUUUCCAUAAAUUGGAAAAAUUAAUAGAGAUACUUUUAUGCUGAUUAGAACGUUCUUCUCAGAGUAAAGAAUUAUCUUGCAGGAAGAGUGACUUUUAAAAACAUAGAUUAUUUCUACACAUAAAUAGGGAAAAUAGAGACAAAAGACUAAACCAUGGUAUUUUACUCUUAUUUAUUAUUACUUAGAUAUACACAAUGUAAGGAAUAGACAAUAAUAUUAUUUAUGUUUGCAAGGAGUUAAAUAAAGAGAAAUAAUACUCUUAUUAAGUAGGAUUAUAUUCCAAAAUUUUAGUUAUUUCAAAACGAAGUUUAAACUUUGUCAUAAUUGACUCAUUAAAACAUCAUAAAGUUGAUAGAGGCUUACACAAAUUAGACUUCUUAUUUAAUAGUAUUAGAAUAUUUAAAAGGUGGAACUCUCAGUCAAUGCCUCAAAUAUUGUAGGAUGUCAAUAAUUGAGGUAGAAGUUAUAACAUAAGUAUUAUCUUUUUUUAAAUUUAGUAAAUUUUAGAAGCUCUUUGUUAUUUACAUGGAAAAGGUUUUGUUCAUAGAGACAUAAAACCUGAUAAUAUCCUUUUUUGUGAAUUGGGACAAUUUUAAAAUCUAAAGCUUAUUGAUUUUGGAAUCUCAUGCUAGAUUAUAGAUUUAUAAAAUGAUUUAUAAAUGAACUUUGGAACUCCUGGUUAUAUUGCACCAGAGAUUUUAUAUAGGAAAAAUAAAAAAAGGAUAUCAUAAAAAAUAGAUGUGUUUAGUUGUGGAGCCAUAAUCUAUUAUAUGUAAAUAAUUAAAUUUAUUAAUUAGGUUAACAGGAUAAAAGUUAAUAUCUGGAUCUAACUAAUAAGAACUAUAUCAAAAUAACAAAUUUUUUACUUUAAAUAAUUAAAUUCUUAAAAAUAUAAGCUCACAAAAUUAUAGAGAUUUAAUUUAAAAAAUGAUAACUGAAGAUCCUGAUUAGAGAAUUGAUGCAGGACAAGCUUUAAAUUAUUUUAAAUUAAUGAAGAUCCCAACAAGUACUUCACUGUCUACUUAAUUGCAUUAUUCGCAUGAUCAUAUUCAAGAAAUACCAAAUUUUAGAAAAUUAAUAACAAAAAAUUGA